CAAACACUGUAUUACAUGUGUUGUACUGUAUUUUGUCCCUGGCUGUUCACUUUACAUCCACCUUUUUGGAACAAUUCCACCUUGAGAAUCCCAAAUCUUGCAGUGAAGUUGCAAUGGCUUCGGGGAAGGGAAGUAAUGGACCCCACAAUGUUGUAUUUGAUCUGAAGUAUGCAUGUUUUCAAUGGCACUGCAGAUGGAUGACAGUGAUCAACAAAGAGCAACAGAGACACGUGGGAGCAGCUGCGAAACAGAGGAAGAUGGAAAUAAACCCACUUAUUGUGUGACUGACGUUCCCCCCUGGUACCUUUGCAUUUUUCUAGCCAUUCAGCAUUACCUGACAUCGUUGGGAGCGAUGACCUCGGUCCCCCUCAUUCUGUCGGAGGGGCUGUGCCUGCAGCACGACACCCUGACCCAGAGUCAGCUCAUUAACACGGGUUUCUUCGCCAGCGGCCUGAUCACCCUGCUGCAGGUCACCUUCGGCGUCAGGCUUCCCAUCCUACAGGGGGCCACCUUUGCUCUGUUGACCCCGUCGAUGGCCAUGUUGUCCAUGCCGGAGUGGAAGUGCCCGACGUGGACGCAGAACGCCAGUCUGGUCGACACCUCCUCCCCUCUCUUCGUAGAAGUGUGGCAGACCCGCAUGAGAACACUGCAGGGCUCCAUCAUGGUGGCCUCUCUGCUCCAGAUCCUGAUCGGUUUCUCCGGCCUCGUCGGCUUCCUCAUGCGCUUCGUUGGCCCCUUAACCAUUGCCCCCACGGUCUCUCUCAUAGGCCUGUCACUGUACGAUUCGGUCGGAGCCAAGGUUGGCAGCCAUUGGGGCAUCUCUGCUAUGACCACGGCGCUGAUCGUCCUGUUCUCCCAGUACCUCCGUCGCACGCCAAUCCCCGUUCCUGCGUACAGCCGAGCCAAGAAACUGCACACCUCAAAGUUGUACAUCUUCCAGACAAUGCCUAUUCUGCUGGGCAUAGCGGUGUCAUGGUUCGUCUGCUACCUCCUCACGAUCUCUGACGUCCUGCCGUCUGACCCGGCGCAGUACGGCCACCUGGGACGCACCGAUGUGAAGGGCAAUGUGGUGAACCAGGCUUCCUGGUUCACGUUACCUUAUCCCGGACAGUGGGGCAUGCCAGCUGUGAGCCUGGCAGGUGUGUUUGGGAUGAUGGCUGGCAUCGUGUGCUCCAUGGCUGAGUCGGUGGGCGACUACCACGCGUGCGCCAGGCUGUCAGGGGCCCCUCCUCCCCCGAAGCACGCCAUCAGCCGGGGCAUUGCUGUCGAAGGGCUCGGCAGCUUGUUGGCAGGGGGCCUUGGCACAGGCAACGGCACUACAUCCUUUAGUGAGAAUGUGGCGGCCCUGGGGAUCACUAAGGUGGGCAGCCGGGUGGUGAUCCUGGUGAGUGGAGUCUUCAUGAUUUUUAUGGGGGUGCUGGGUAAAAUUGGAGCCAUCUUCACCACCAUCCCAACCCCUGUGAUGGGCGGGAUGUUCCUGAUCAUGUUUGGAGUCAUAACAGCAGCAGGUGUCUCUUACAUGCAGUCCACAGACAUGAAUUCCUCCAGGAAUAUAUUUGUUUUUGGUUUUUCCAUGUUUACUGCACUCGUCAUUCCGAACUUUAUAACGAAGAAUCCGGAUUUGUUGCAAACAGGUGUUAAAGAGGUGGACCAAGUGUUACGCAUAUUAUUGACCACAAAUAUGUUUGUGGGGGGAGUUCUGGGCUUCUUCCUGGAUAACACAAUUCCGGGAACCAAACGUGAGCGCGGCCUACUGGCCUGGGACAAAGGGGACCCCGAGGACUCUACCUACGCCGCGGGAACUGAUCAGGUGUACGACCUCCCGUUGGGCAUCACGUCCCGCCUCUCGUCCCAGUCUUGGGUUCGCCACGUGCCGUUCUGCCCGUGGGCGGGUAGCGGAUCCGGCUGCGUGCCGGAGGGCAGCGACGCGCCGCAGAGUGAGCGGCCCCUCAGAGGCCCGGAUGAACUCUCUGCUCUGUGAGGUCUGAGGUGGAGGUAGCGUCUCAGAAGGGAAACAGCCUGGACCGUUUUCUGUUACACAAAUUAAGAAUUUAAAUUUGGGAUGAAAGGCCGAUGCAUUUUAAUGCAUUUCCUCACAUAAGCCCCUCCACCACUAUGUGACUUGUGCAGCUGUUGCUAUUGUUUGUUAGGGGGCAUCAGAAAUAUUGUGUUGAGUAUCUCUUCUCUUCGUGAUUACAAGUUUAUGAAUAUUUACUGGCUGAAAACUGCAGUCAUAGUUUUUUUUACAAUGCUACGCAAACAAUGCUAUUCACUAUUAUUUUUGAGAGAUAUACACAUUUUUUCAACAUCAGUUAAAAGAGAACUACUCGACAAUUAAAGUGUUGUUGUGUUCCGCCGUUACUCAGAAUUCUUCUGCUCACACACACACACACGGAAAAAACUCGAGAAAUAGGUUCUUCAUCCUCCUCUUUCGGAGGAAAUUAAAUUUGGCCGGUGGAUAAGUGUGUUAUCACACAGCCCCCAUCUUCUUAAACAGCUACAGCAGCAACCCCCGGGCUGUUAUUGUGUUUCCUUCAAACGCAGAUAACAAACCACCUCAAUCCGUCUUUUUUUGACCCCGGCGCCUUCAUCUCAUUGCCUCAGAAUUAAUUUCCUCCCCCAGCUCUGACAGGCAGGUGGACACGUGUUAUUCACAGGUAGCACUGUGCCAGUAUAUCUGCAUUUCAACGGCAAAACGAUGAGGCCAACUCAGUUAUUUCUCCUCUCAGAAGGCUUCAAAUGUACCACCACGGGUUUUAUUUUUAUCCUAAGAAUUCAGCUUUGAAGGAAUUUGCUUUUAUUUCCUCUUUUGUGAAAUCCACACGAUCUCACCGGUCGCCCUCAGCUUUCAGACACUUUCUGGUCGGCGCUUCAGAGCGUUCGUUACAGAGGGAGAACGGGAAGAGAGACAAACAGAAGACACGAUGGAGGUGUUGUGUGUUCGUUGCCAGCAGGUGGGGAUCAAACUCUGCACGCCGCUGCUGAUGGUGUAAACACAGCUCGGGCGCAUGAGCGGUUCCCACGUUCAUCCAUGUGACGGAGUGAUGUGUGAAAACUGCUCCCGUGGGACUUCUCACAAUUUGGGCACAUUUGAGUUUCGAUAUCAACAGCCGUUAUUUUUCUAUUCUCAGUUUAAUUAUCAGAAAAGUUUAUCUCGGAUAAAACGUUCACGGAUUCUGCGUACUUAAAGUUCUUUGUGUGGAAUUGAAAUGUUGCGUUUAAUCUGUUUGUUGUGCCUUCUUCAGUGUUUUCCUGCUCUUUUUUGUGUCAUAUAAAGUUUGUGACCAUAACCCAUUAAAAGGCACUAUUUACCUGUGAAUGAG